AUGGCGCCGACCGCAACGGCUACGGCACCAACUACUUCCGCAUCUUCCGGCAAGAAUGCGUCGAGCGGCUCUACCCAACAGUCGCUCUCGUCGUUCUCCGACUACCAUCUCGACUACUCGCUCUGGGACGCCGCUAACCCAACCUCGUCGUCCUCACAACAGUUCGUUGCCUCGCUGCGGCAGGCCAUGGUGGGAAUCGGCUUCUUCUACCUGCACAACACGCCAUUGUCCGAAAAGCGAGACGCCAUGUUCUCUCUGGUCUCCCGCUUCUUUGCCCUCCCUCUCGAGCAGCGCAUGACGAUCGACAUGGAUCAAAGCAGGCAUUUUCGGGGGUACUGCAAGUUCGGCGACGAGCGGACGCAGUCGAAACAGGAUCUGCGGGACCAGGUGGACUAUGCGCCGGAAGUCGAGGCGGUGGAGGACGAAGGUUUGCGGGAGAGGCAUCCGUUCUUGAACCUGUACGGGCCGAACCAGUUCUUGAGCGAUGAGGUUUGCCAGGGGCAUAAGGAGACGGUGCUGGACUGGUUCGCAACGGCGGAGGAGGUGUCAAACCAGUUGACGAGGGCAAUCGAGCUGUCUCUGGGGGUCGAGGAAGGGGAUCUAUCGCAGUUCCUGACGGGCGAGACGCGGAUGAAGCAGAGGGAUGACCAUGAGCUCGAUAAGCUGGGUCCGCUGCCUUAUGCGAGGAUGAAGACAAUCCGCUAUCCCACAGGCGAUGUCGUAGAUGGCAUCACACGCUUGGACUCGUCAAGCACACAAGGAGUCGGGGCGCAUAAGGACAGCGGUUGGCUGACGCUCCUCGCCCCCUCAGCAGAGGUCGGAGGGCUGGAGGGGCAGGACUUCUCGGGCGAAUGGCUCAGUAUCCCACACGUUGACGGCUCGAUCGUCGUCAACUUCGGCCAGCAAGUCGAAUUUCUCACCAACGGCAUCGUCCAAGCUGCCACACAUAGGGUGGUCUCAAAUCCGUCCGGAAAGCAGGAUCGGUAUUCGGUCGCCUUCUUCAGCUCUCCGGCGAUGAACACGUAUCUGCAGCCGCUCGACUCGGGCAGCUUCAGCAAAGAGCUGGUCGAGGCAUGGAAGAAGGCGGAAGCGAAGCGGAAUGCGGGCGAGAUUGUGAGUGACGUACCAAAGGGCGAUCUCUUUGCCAAGGCCGACGAGCCGUUUGGGUGGCACGACUAG